CUCCAUUCGCUGUAGAAACAUCAGCUUGAGCUCUGAGAGGAUUUCUGUCUCUUCUCUGGUGAAUGUAAAUCAUGGAAAGACUGGUGACGUUCCUCCUCACUGGAUCUCUGAUACAAGGUGUUUUUUGUGAGUUCAGUAUCAAUCUGCCAAAGAAAGUAGAAGCUCUACAAGGAUCCUGUGUUUUCAUUCCCUGCACAUUUGAUGUUGAUAAAAAACAUGAAAAUGAUCUCACAGAUAAAGCAAAGAGAAUAUGGUAUAAAGGAAACCCUUACUCUGUAGUGUUUGACUCCAGCAGACCUAACACUAAACUGUUCAAAGGAGAAAUAUUAGGCACUGCUACACAGAAAAACUGCAGCACACGCUUCGAUAAUGUCAAUCAGAAUCAUAAUGGAUCAUAUUUCUUCAGACUUGAAGAUGAUAAACUGAGGUAUAGCUUCAUAAAUAAUCCACUCUUACAAAUUGUCGUCUCAGGAUCUCCACCCAAACCCACAUUGAGUGUCUUUAAGGAUCAGCAGGAGGUGAUGAAGAUGGAGGAGGUGAUGGAGGAAAGUUCAUUGAGUCUGCGCUGCUCUACUAAGAUCUUCUGUCCGUCUCGUCCUCCAUCUCUCACGUGGACCUCGUCUCUCAAUGAGAACAUCACAGGACAGCAGUAUCAGAGCCAAUCAGAGCUCGUCUCUGAUCUGAACUUCACUGUUUCUCACCGUCUUCACAAAGUCACUUUCACCUGCACCGCAACACACCAGCUACAGAGGAAUAUAACAACACAGCGCUCCCGUAUGAUACGAGUUCAGUAUGCUCCUACAAACACAUCAGUGAGGAUAAACCCAGCUGGUUUAGUUCUGGAGGGUCGUUCAGUGACUCUGAUCUGCAGCAGUGAUGCAAACCCAGCAGUGAACUACACCUGGUACAGAGACCCUGAAGAACUCCUGAAUCCAGUUCAGACCGGACCAAACCUGACCCUCAACAACCCUGACCCUACAGACAGAGGACUAUACUACUGUAGAGCUGACAACAAACACGGAUCUCAGAACACAUCAGUGCUGCUGGACGUCCAGUUUGCGCCCAAAGUCAACAGCUCUUGUAGCAGAAACAGUGUAAUGUCGUGUGUCUGUGAGGCUCAUGGGAAUCCCUGCCCUACACUAGAGUGGCGUCUGUCUGGACAUGCGCUCACUAACUCUACAGAAACACCCAUCAGUGAGGAGAAGUUAGGAAGCACAGGAGUGAAGAGCGUCCUGACCCUCCGUCAGUCCCUCUCAGACACAGACGUCCUGCAGUGUUUCAGCUCAAACGUUUACGGCAGCGCAAGUCAACAGUUUCAGCCCAUCUCAUCAACACAAGAGACCAGUCUCCACUUCCCAUCAGCGCUGCUCGGAGCGGCUGUUAGUGCAUCACUGAUGAUGAUUCUGUGCAUCGUCAAGCUCUACUCUGAACGGAGAAGGAAAGAAAAACCUUCAGAAUCCAGGCAAGACGACACGUCUGGACUCAUUCUGACUCAAAUAGCCGUUGCUCUGGAUCAUGACAUUCAGUUUGUUCACGCCGAUAACGGCAUGCUGUCAUCCACCGCACCGAGUGAACCACAAUCUCUUCAUUAUUCCUCCAUCGAUUUCUCAAACACUGAAGCGCCGUCAGGAGAGAUCAGGGGCAUGGCCUCGCUGACCAGUGAAUACGCUACGAUCAGACACCGUCCUGAAGAAGCUGCAGACCCAGAGAACACCACAGAGCCCAAACAAGAAGAAGACAUGACAGCAGAGAUCACAGACACUUCUUCACCGGCAUCAGAAGACGUGAUUUAUGGAAACAUAAUCAAAUCAAAAACAAAUAUUAUCUGAUUAUGUAAUCCGUAUGAAACCAAAGGGAGGUCGGCCGACUGUCUUUCCUGUACCUGAGCUCAUUUUAUGUAGUCACUACUUUUACAAAUGCCCUUACCUAGAUACAAAAAAAUAUAUAAAUAAAGAUUAAUCUAAUUUUUAAAAUAGUUUUUAAAGAAGACCUGCUAUGAGGAAUAAGCUGAAAAUUGACCUCGUGAUUUUAUACAGAAUUUAUAUAACGAUUUAUUUAUUACUAAUUGUGUAACGAAUUUACUUUUCGGACAGAAUAAUUAGUAAUUUAAAUAAAUAUUGAUUAUAUAAUUAGUAACUAAUUAAUUACUUUUUGAAAGUAACCUACCCAACACUGAUGCAUCUUUGAGCUCCACAGAGCUUUUUAGAGCAACUUAGGGGGUUGUUCAUCUAAAACUUACAAUUAUAAACCUACAGAACGUUUUUAACAGGACAGUUCAUUCAUGGCAGAAGUAGAAACGUCACUAUUUUGUCUUCUUUUGGGUUGAAGUGACUGUCAGGCUUCGAUGCCGCUCGAGCCACAUGCUUCAUGUUUCAGAUGCUUCAGACUGAUUUGGUGAACUGGGUCAAAAACUACAUUCAAGAACCAGACAUCACUCCAGACUGUAUGAAGCAUUACAGGUAAUAAAGUUUUAAAUAAUGUGUAUCUUGCGCACACCAAGCAUUUCACUUCAUAAGACCUCAGAGAGAUGCUUUUUGGUAAUGAUACCAAUUGACUUGCAUUUUAUGAAUCACCUACAUUUUGAGUGGUGAGUCCAGCCAUGUUUUUGGUUCUCUGCAUCAUAUUUAUUAACAUUAUGAUGGUCAGAAAACCAGAGCUAUUUUAAGGUGUUUUCAGAACACGUUUGUGGGGAAAAGGGGCAAAAUAGGUUAAAUAUUUGGUGAGAAGCGUACUUUCCCUUAAUGUGUAGUUUGUGUCCCACGUUUAUUUGUGAACACUGUCAACUUCUUCUGGGGUCACACUUUUAGGUCCAGUCACACUUCACCCCUUAACCCUACCUUUUCGUUUCAUUCAUGUGAAGGGUUAGGGCUGUCUCAAUUCUCUUUUGGUCAGAGCUAGAUAGCCCUUCACACGAAGAUGUUAUAGGACAAAGGGGCAUGAGAAUUAUCAGCAAAAGUCUAUAAGGUAGCCUAUAGGACCUAGAGUAUUUUUGCACUUAUUUAUUUUCUUUAUUUAUUUUUUGUCAUUUUGGCUUUAUCUAGUGUUUCUGAAAAAGCAAGUCUACAGUCACUAAUAAUAAUAAUUAUUUCAUGAUGAAGACUGAUAUUGCUAUAUUCUUUAAAUGUUUCCAUAAACAUCUGUCCGGAAAAAGCUGGGAAUGCUGUUUUUCGUUUGUUUGUGUUUAAAUUAACUCCUGUCAGGACAUAUGGUACACAUAUGGUGUUUUUCUGAUAUAGUACAUAAUAACAAUGAUAAUAAUAUUGUGAUGCAUUAAUUUUGAUAAAAUAAAGUCAACAGUAAAUUAAAUGGUGUCUAGUGAUCAUCUCUGGCUGAAGAUAACUUACGGAUACCUACUUUGAAGAUCAG